CUUCACAGUUGAUGAAUGUCAACAGCUGCAUGUCACAUGACACCGCGUAUCGUCCGCGUCACCGAGUGAGGCCGCAACCUCGAAACUGGACUCAGCAUCACUCCAACCCAUGGGUAUCAAGCAAUGGAUCCCAUCCUAGAUGGUCUCAACUACGCUCAGACAUCUGCCGUAGCAUCGCCUGCCUCCAUCCUCCAAGUCCUCGCUCCUCCGGGCUCAGGCAAGACCAAGACCUUGACCGCACGCGUCGCGUACCUCCUCGCGCAUCAUGGCUACCGACCACAAGAUGUCAUCUGCUGCACAUUUACAAUCAAAGCCAGCCGGGAGAUGAGAGAGCGGUUGACCAAGCUGAUUGGUGAUGAGUUGCAAAGGAAGUUGGUUCUAGGGACGUUCCAUUCGAUUUGUCGGCGAUAUCUGGUGACGUAUGGAUAUUUGAUCGGGUUGAAGAAGGGGUUCGGCAUUGCGGAUUCGGGGGAUAGUUUGGCUACUAUCAAGGUGAGUGUCUACAUUCAUCUACUCUUGUACGUCCGUACUGACUUCUGCAGAGGAUCGUUAAACGACUGCAGGUCGGAAUCCAGCCCAACGCAGCCAGGGCAAGAAUAUCCCAUCAGAAAGCUCACGGGGUUAGCCCGGAUGAGGUGGCUGCAAAGUUAAGCAAGAACUCAAAGAUCCUUGAACAAAGAGAGUUUUUCCAGGUAUAUCGCGAGUACGAGGCGAACCUGGCAGCUUCCAAUCUUCUAGACUACGAUGAUCUACUU